CUUUUAUGAAGGAAAAAGGUGAAAACGAAAAUGAUAAAGUUAAAGAUAUUUUUGACGCAUACACACCACUCAAAACCCUAGUCACACCCAUUCCAUAAAAACAAAGCUUUUUCUUCCUUUGCCACUUUCCCGGAAAAUCCUCCUCAUUUUUUCUGGAAAAUUUAUCUUCCGUUUUCUCGCUGACACCACCGCACACUCUUCACGCCUUCUCUCACUCUAAUCUAUUAUGGCGGAUGAAGGUGUUGCCAACGGCGGCGUCGAUGAUCAGUACGGCGAAGAAUCGGCGACUAAGAUCGCGGCGUUGCAACGCGAGCGCGACGAAUUGGUGAGCGAAAACGCGGCGAGGAAGGAGGAGAUCAAGAAGCUGACGGCGGAGCUCGACGGAUUGAGGAGCGACGGUGCAGAUAGGAGCGAGAAGAUUGAAGAGCUGCAGAGAGAAGUAGCGCAGUCGCGUGAUGCUGCCAAAGCGACGGAGGUUAUCGCCGCGAGGGCGGCGGACCUGGAGACGGAGGUGGCGAGGCUUCACCACGAUAUGGUAGCGGAGAUGACUGCGGCAGAGGAGGCGAGGGCGGAUGCCGCUGAAUUGAGGAAGGUUUUGGGAGAGACAGAGUCUAGGGUUGAGUCUCUGGAAAGGGAAUUGGCAGGGUUGAAGAAGGUGAAGGCUGAGAGUGAGGUUAGGGUUAGGGAUUUGGAGAGGAAGAUUGGAGUUCUGGAGACUAAGGAAAUUGAGGAAAGAAACAAGAGAAUUAGGUUUGAGGAGGAGACUAGGGAUAAGAUUGAUGAAAAGGAGAGGGAAAUUAAGGGUUACAGACAGAAGGUUGAGGGAUUGGAGAAGGUUGCUGCUGAGAAAAAAACAGAAUUAGAUGAGUUGGUUAAACAGAAAUUGAGGUUGGAGGAAUCACUUAGAGAAUCUGAGGAGAAAGUGACUGGUUUGGAGUCCAGUAUUCUUCAAUUGCGUGAGGAAGCAAAGGAAGCCGAGAGGGUGAUCAUAUCGCUGAAUGAAAAGGCGGUGGAGACGGUUGAGACAAUCGACAGAGGUUUGAAUGGUGUACAUGGUGAAGGGAAGAAGGGAUUGAAGUUGCAGUGGCCAGUGGUGGCAGCAGGGUCUACAGGAGCUGUUGUUGCAGCUGCUGCUGUAAUCUACGUGUGCUAUGGGAAACGGAGGUGAUUUUCUGUGUCGGAGACUGAUCAAGAACAAAGGAACAAGGGGAAUUCCAAUGGAAGGAGGAAGGUGUAGAGGUUAGACAUACCAGGUCUUUAGUAGUCAUAGAUUUGCUGCUGCAGUUUUGUUUGUCACAAAACAAUGCUGCUUCUCUGGCUUUUGUUUUUGAAGCCUGUGAAUUUUUUGCUCAUCGAAGUUGGCAUACUACUUGUUUGGUUGUUAGUUGCUUGUUAUGAGGAUCAAACCACUGUGUGUUGGAUUUAAUAAAUAGGUUGCAUAAUUGAGAUUACAAGUUUCUUUGUGUUUAGUUUAGCCCUUAUUAGCUUGGAGGAUAACAAUGGCACUGCUGAACCCUUAGUUUAAGGUGGCACUUGGUAGUUGGUAUCACCUUUGACAAGUUGUUCAGUUUCUGAAGUUGACUUCUGCAAUUAUUAGUCUUUUUCAUGUUGAUUUUCUCAGAAUGUCUUUGAAUGUAGAACCACAGAACCAAUUAUAUGAUGUUUCAGGACUAGCUGAUGUCACUGAUUUUUUCUUUUGUUAUUGUUAUAAACUUUUUGUCUUGCUUGGUGCCAUUUUGGUUC